AUGCCUCAAAUCCUACUCAUCGGCGGCACCGGGCACGUUGGUGGUGCAGUGCUGCACAAGAUCCUGGAGCAGCAUGCGGCCGACGUCCAGGUCAAGGUUGUCGUCCGGGGCGAGGACAAGGCGUCGCGACUGGUCGCCAAGUACCCUCAGGUGCAGACGGUCCUGGGCGACCUCGCAGACCACAAGACCAUCGAGGAGGCCAGCUCCCAGGCCGACAUCGUCAUCAAUGCCGGUCCGGACAUCACCCACGAUAAGGGUAUCAGUGCCAUCUUCCGCGGCCUGAACUCACGAAAGGCAGCGCUGGGCGCGUCCCAGACGCCGUACUACAUCCACACCUCGGGUGCGUCCCUGAUCUGGGACGAGCCGGAGGGCGUGAAUGGGUCCCGGUGGUGGGACGACAUCAACGACAUAGCGGAGCUGAGCGCCCUGGAGGAGAAGCACACGCACGCCGUCACGGACCGGAUCGUGCGCGAGGGCGCCAAGGACGUCAACGUGGCCAUCGUGUCGCCCGGGUUCGUGGGCGGCAUGAGCCCCUCGACCGAGCACCCGACGCCCAUCACGACGCCCGCCAUCCUGACCACGGCCCGGGCCUUCAAGUCGGGCUUCCAGAUCUCCCCCGGCGAGAACAGGCACGCCUGGGUCCACGUCAUGGACCUGGCACGGAUCUACCUGAUCCUCAUCAACGACGCGCUCGCCGCGCUCGCCGGGAAGCCCAUCGAGAGGGACGCCGGCGUGCUGCCGCUGUGGGGGCCGGAGGCGUACUACUUUGCCACGGGCGAGGACAUCGCGUUUUCAGACUUCAUGAGGGGCCUGGUGCCGGUGCUGAAGCAGCACGGCGUCAUCGAGAGCGACGAGAUGAAGUCUGUGAGUGUGACCGAGGCGGCGAGGAUCAGCCUUGCCGGGCCCGACGGCGAGUACGACCCGCUCGCCCCGCCGCCGCCUCCUGAUUCCUGGGCGAUGCACAUCGCCAUCAUGUACGGGGUAAACAUGAAGAUUCGGGGUUCGAGGGUCGCGAAGCUGGGGUGGACGGCGACGGGCUCGGUGGUGGAUACCUUCCCCGACGUUGUUCCUGAGUUCCUGCGCCGAGAGAAGCAGAAUGCUUAG